AUGAAGAGAAAGUUGGACCAUGGCUCCGAGGUCCGUUCUUUCUCUCUGGGAAAGAAACCCUGCAAAGUCUCAGAAUACACAAGUACUACGGGGCUGGUGCCAUGCUCUGCCACACCUACUACUUUUGGGGACCUGAGGGCAGCCAAUGGCCAGGGACAGCAACGUCGCCGUAUUACAUCUGUGCAGCCACCGACGGGCCUUCAGGAAUGGCUGAAAAUGUUUCAGAGCUGGAGUGGACCAGAGAAAUUACUUGCUUUGGAUGAACUCAUUGAUAGUUGUGAACCAACACAAGUAAAACACAUGAUGCAAGUGAUAGAGCCCCAGUUUCAAAGAGACUUCAUUUCCUUGCUCCCAAAAGAGCUGGCACUCUAUGUGCUGUCAUUCCUGGAACCCAGGGACCUUCUGCAGGCAGCCCAGACAUGUCGUUACUGGAGAAUUCUGGCUGAAGAUAAUCUUCUCUGGAGAGAGAAAUGCAAAGAGGAGGGGAUUGAUGAACCGUUACAUAUCAAGAGGAGGAAAGUAAUAAAACCAGGCUUUAUACACAGUCCGUGGAAAAGCGCCUACAUUAGACAACACAGGAUUGAUACCAACUGGCGGCGAGGAGAGCUCAGAUCGCCUAAGGUGCUCAAAGGCCAUGAUGACCACGUGAUCACAUGCCUUCAGUUCUGCGGGAACCGAAUAGUGAGCGGCUCUGAUGACAACACACUGAAAGUGUGGUCAGCGGUUACAGGCAAGUGUUUGAGAACACUGGUUGGGCACACAGGCGGAGUCUGGUCAUCGCAGAUGAGGGACAAUAUCAUCAUCAGCGGAUCUACAGACCGAACGUUGAAAGUCUGGAACGCCGAGACUGGAGAAUGCAUACACACCUUGUAUGGCCACACCUCCACCGUGCGCUGCAUGCAUCUCCACGAGAAAAGAGUGGUCAGUGGUUCUCGAGAUGCUACACUGAGAGUUUGGGACAUAGAGACGGGCCAGUGUUUACACGUUCUGAUGGGCCACGUAGCAGCAGUUCGGUGCGUUCAGUAUGAUGGCAGAAGGGUUGUAAGUGGUGCAUAUGAUUUUAUGGUCAAAGUGUGGGAUCCAGAGACAGAGACCUGUCUGCACACGCUGCAAGGGCAUACUAACAGAGUCUACUCAUUACAGUUCGAUGGCAUCCAUGUGGUGAGUGGAUCUCUUGACACUUCCAUCCGAGUUUGGGAUGUGGAGACAGGCAACUGCAUUCACACACUAACAGGCCACCAGUCUCUCACAAGUGGAAUGGAACUUAAGGACAAUAUACUCGUGUAUGCCGAUUCUACAGUCAAAAUCUGGGACAUUAAAACAGGACAGUGUUUACAGACAUUGCAAGGUCCCAACAAGCAUCAGAGUGCGGUGACCUGUUUACAGUUCAACAAGAACUUUGUAAUUACCAGCUCAGAUGAUGGGACUGUAAAACUUUGGGACUUGAAAACGGGUGAAUUUAUCCGAAAUCUAGUCACAUUGGAGAGCGGGGGAAGUGGAGGCGUCGUGUGGCGGAUCAGAGCUUCUAACACAAAGCUAGUGUGUGCGGUUGGGAGCCGUAAUGGGACUGAGGAAACAAAGCUGCUGGUGUUGGACUUUGACGUGGAUAUGAAGUGAAGGGCAGAAAGAUGAAUUUGUCCAAACAUGUAGACGAUGUUCUCCUUUCCCUCCCCCUGAAAAAAAAAGAAAAAAGAAAAAAAAGAAAAAGGAAAAAAAAUCCCUUGUCCUUGGUGGUGCAGGAUGUUGGCUUGGGGCAACAGAUCCUAAAGACCUACAGACUACGAAGGAGAAGACAAAGAUGACAAACUGUAACUGACAAGAGAGGCAUUUCCUGUCUCGUCACAUAAAAAGGCAACGCUUUUGACCGGGGCAGCUUUGCAAAAAUACGACUUUUGAAAUGAAACCAGGUGCAAUUAUUUCUUUACUUUCCUCCAACUGCUCCUUGAGCAAUUUGGAG